CGAGUCAAGACCGCUGAAGACGAGUCCGUCGCUGCAGACGAGACCAGUGCGGUGGGCGUCCCGCUGCUCAUUCCGGUGGUCGCGCCUCGAAUUACGUCGAUGUCUCACUCAGCUUUAAUCGAGUGGAAGAAAGCCCGUACUGAGUACGAAGAAAGCGUCAAAGCCCGCAGCAAAGGUGAUGAAGAGCUCUAUGAGCGCAUGAAGGAGAGCGUCAAGAGCACCAUCGACGAGAAGUUGCUGCGUGCGCUAUGCACCUACCGCUGGGGUGGCCUGUCCAAGGACGAUGUGACGGACGAUCGGAUUAUGUCGGAAGUCCGGGCUAUCCCACAGCGGGUCAAGAACGACACCCUCCCUGACGUUGAUCUGUUCAGCAAACAGCUACGGCUCGACAUGUCCGAGUCGGAUGUGAGCGAACGUGUGCUG